AUGUCCGUUCAAAGCGACCGUGAGUUGCAAAUUGGAUCAAAAGAUCCAGAAGAUUCGACUCGACGAGUCUCGUUACCCCCAGCAUCUUAUGACGAAACCACAAAGACUUUAUCCAUACUGCUCUUCCAAAAGAUCAAACCGAUUUCUAUAGAGCUCUCAAAUAUAGGAUUGCUAGAUACACCAGCUUUUAAUAGCCAAUUCCGUCGAUUGGCCGAGGUGUUGGAAUCAGAACAUGAAGUUCUAGACAGUCAUUAUAAAGAAAAUACUAAGAGUUCCCAAAAUUUAAUACCUUAUCAUCUUUCGCCAAACUUGGCUGAUUACAUAUUUUUCCCAUUAUCGAAUAUCCUCAAGCAGCCAGCAAUUGAUGAUCGUAUUACUACAUCAAUUUUAAAAAUAAUAGGCUUUCUAGUCGAACAUAUAUGGAGCUACAAGUUCGACGAGAAGUUUGUGGAUGAAUUGCUAUCUAUUGUGUUGUUCCUUUCUGGUGCCAAUUCUAGCCCUUCUAGUGGAUCGAAACCAAUUGAGUUUAGAGCAGCAGCUGUAGAUUGCCUUGCUAUGAUAUUGAAAUCCGUACCAAACGACUACUUUGUUGAAACAGCUAAUGUCAAGAGAAUGUCAUUGUUAGGCAAUUCAAUUAGCUUCUUCUUGGAUAACAUCACUUGGGCCACAAAUCCAAGGUCUCAGGAAGAAAACAACUUGCUUAUAAAUAAUCUUGAUAUUCUUGUUAAUACGGCUACCUUUAAGAUGUCUUCAGACCAAUUGGCCCAUGUUCUUCCUGGGAUGGUGUCGAACUUGACUAACUUCUUUACCCAGUCUAAGAAUUUGCACUAUACCGUGAUAGUAAAAGUGGUAGAAGCCUUGAAAGUGAUCAUAAUCAAAGUGUUCAACGACAAGACCCUUAAUGUUCUGUACAAGGAUGUUCGACAAAUAGACAAUUUGGAAGCAGUAAAUGAACUAUGGAGCCAAGAAACCGAUGAAGAUGUUCCUACUAACAGGAUAAAGAUCGAGAUACCCUCCAAAACAGGAAUUAGAAACACAGCAUGGCUCCAAGCAACUUCAAAACAACUCAAACUUUCACUAAUUGUUUUUUUCAAGACUCUCUUGGUGACCUCUAGCAACAAUAAGCUGAAAGUGCAAACCAAGAACUUGUUAGCAGAGGCGAUCUACAAAUUCUCUGAUGCUAUAAUGGAAAACUCAUUUUUGUCUCUUUUCAAUGAAGUCGUGCCACUUUCUCUCGAUAUGCUUGCUACAACAAUAUCUCUUGUCGCGACGAAUGUUGAAGAAGAGAAUACCAGCAUAGCCAAUGUUGUGAAACAAGUGGGUAUUUUGAUUUCAGCUAAUAGAGAAAACUGUUCACUUUUUUUCAAUCAGAUCAAGUCUAAGUUAGAUGACUUGAUUACGAACAAACUUACUUCCGUGAUUCUCUCUGUUGAUGAUGAGAAGAUCAACUCAUAUUUAGUUUGUAUCAAGCUUCAUUUGCUGCUUUUGAAUAAUCUUUCAAAAUCUGCUUAUAAUGUUCAUGAAGCUGUACUGAGUAACAAGAAGAAUAUUAUGGUUCUUCUCAGCAAGAGUUUGAAAGAAAGUUAUAUUCAGAAUAGUCAACAAAAAGACAACACUAACGAUCUCUUGAAGAUGCUCAGUGGAAGUCAAACAGAGGAAGGAUUUUCUAACAAACUAGAUAACGUAGAAUUACCUCCAAACAUCGAUUCCAAAAAGAUUACAAAAAUACGACCGGAUCAAAAUAGAGAAAAUGUUUCCGAGCUGUACUCAUCCAAUUUGAUGCUUUUGUCAAACAAAUGGAGUGAAGAUUCUGUGACAAGAAGCGAACCUCAAUACUACUUCUCUACUCUAUAUUCCAACACAAUCGAAGAAAAGUUUGCUGGGCUUAUUCAAUUUAUAGCUGCUCUAGCAGAUGAUGAUGAAAAUGAACAGACAGGACAGUUAGAAUUGGUGGAGUCUCUUUUUGAUGAGGAGAGCGAAAAGAACACUUUGGACAGAGGAAUCGCAUUAUGGGUAGCCAACAACUUUUUCAUUAACCAGAAGUCGUCGAGGAAUAAGAUCAAUAUGAACGAUUAUAUUAUUCUUGAAAAUGACUCCGAUGAAGAAGAUGAGUUGGAAGAAAUGUCGUAUCUAUUGGUCAGCAAGUCUCAAGACUUGAUUAAUGAUACCUCUUUUGAACUUGCCAAUGCUGGAAUUUCUGGGAACAGUUUGAAAGUUAACGAAAUGUCGUACUCGAUAGCCUUAGAUACCAUUGGAAUUCUUUCAAGCAAAUUACCUUUGGAAGAGUUUAGAUCGAACUUCCUCAGAGACUUCUUGUAUUCUCUACUAGAGGCAUUGACAUUUCGAUCAAACACACUCAUUCAAUCGCAUGCUCAGACAGCUGUCGGGUUUAUUCUCAAGAAUUACUAUAACGACUCGUUAGAGUCGUUGAUACUUGAUAACCUGGACUACUUGAUAGAUAACAUCAGCUUAAGACUAACUGUUCCAAGCAAUUUUGUACCAACUCUUCCCGGUAUCUUAUUGAUCAUUAUAAAAGUAGCUGGUCAGAGCCUCCUUGAGAUGAACCAACUCAAUGACGUCUUGUCAGAGAUGUUUGUAAUUAUCGAUUCGUACCACGGAUACUCGAUUAUUGUAGAAGGUUUGUUUAUGGUUUUUGAAGAAGUCACCAAGCAAGUGAAAGAAAGAUACCUCUCACAAAACAGUCUUCAAAUAGAAUUAGAUCCCGACCUCAAUACUUCAAGCUAUAAACCAUGGGGAUUGACUAGUGUUAAGCAGGUGUUGAAAUUAUUGAGCGAUUCAGCCAAAUUGACUGAACCAUUUGAGUCAUAUGAUUCGACAAAGGAAUACUUCAAAAGAAAACCAGAUACUCCUUUUUCAGAGCAAGCUGCAGAUUCUGACGAUGAUGAUGACGAUGAACAAGAACCUGACGUUGCAGAAGAAGAAAAAUGGCCAUCACCUGUUCCUGAAAAUACCUACUUUCUUGUGCAAAGGAUAUUCAAUUACGGAUUUGUAGUGUUGUCUCAGAAAUCAACCAGCAUGAAGUUGCAGGUGUUGAAGACUUUGAAACAGACUUAUCCGAUUUUGACUACCAACUACAAGUUGGUGUUGGUGAUCUUAACUAAGAACUGGCCCAUUCUCUUGACGUUGAUCAGUGGGUCCAGCAGCUUGUCUGUCUUCCAAGAUGUUCAUGAAGGUGUCCUACCAGAACUGGAAGCUCUAAUUGUUCCAGCUUUGGAGUUUGUUAUAGAGAUCGUGAAGGAAGAUGGUGAUAGAGAGAAUUUCCUAGGAAAUAAAUUCAUAGAGUCCUGGGAGUUUCUCAUCAACCAUUCGCCCAUUUUCGGCCGUCUUCGCAAGAGAGAUAGUUUCAGCUUGAACAGUAAGCUGAAACAGAUAAGUAGGAUCGAACAACAAUUAACUACGACGCGGUUGAAUCCAAAAGUCAAUGAUCUUCUUGUGACUUACUUAAUCACAGGCCUCAACUGCUAUGAGAGGACAGUAUCUGACUUGGUGCGUUUGGAUAUUGUUAGAGUGUGUUAUAGAAUGGGCAUACCAUCCGACAUGAAGUUGAGCAGAGACGUCAGGAAUACGUUGUGGAUAGUGAAGAACGAGGACGACAACUAG